UAUUAUCUAAAAAUAAAAUUCGUGUUAUCAAUACUUGCUAACAAAAUCAUGAAUAAUAAUUUUAAGGAUUCGUUAUUUUCGAUUUAAUUUUAUGUAGUUGUUUCGUUGUUGUACUACAGUGUAAUAUUUCAAAAUGACUGAAAGUGUACGGUCACUUACGAACAAUGAACCAAGUGUUAAUGUUAUUAGCGAAUUACCAGGGAAGAAGUUUAAUAUUACAGUGGACAUUAGUAUAUUCCUAGUUAUGUUAAGUUUGGCACUUACAGGUGCAGCGAUAACUAACAUUAUCUUCUAUAGGACGUGUGUGCAUGCACUUAACUACCCAAGAGACGAGUGCAAAGUAUUUCUUUCACUGGACAAAAAUAAUGAAACCCAACGUUUGGAAAAGGAGGUUCAACAAUAUGCGACAUUUAUAAUGACUGUGAAAGGUAUUAUCGAAUCAUUGGCCCCGGCUGUAUUGUCUCUCUUCCUUGGUGUCUGGUCUGAUACACACGGAAGAAAACCUUUAAUCGUAUGGCCGUUGUUUGGUACAGCUAUUACUUCAAUGCUUGUAGUUCUCUACACUAUGCUGGAUAACUUUGGGCCAUGGUGGUUUAUAGUGACAGUAAUACCCUAUUCUCUAACUGGAGGCUUGACUAUUAUGUUUACUGGGGCAUAUUGCAACCUCAGUGACGUCACGACUGAGGAAAAUCGAUCUUUAAGGAUGACAAUAUUGCAAGCAGCUGUAUCGGCUGGUAUAGUAGUUGGCUCAUUAUUAAGCCCGCAUGUCAUCAGGGCAGUUGGGAAUGUGUAUCUACUGCUUAUUGGAACUUUUUUGAAUGUAUUAGCGUACGCAAUUACAAAUAUAUGCCUUGUAGAAUCCAUAACGGGCGCCAUCCAGGGUGGCAUUACCUCAGUGAUAGACUUUUUACUAGUAAAGGAAAUGAUAAUGGAAUGCUUCAAGCAACGACCUAAUUUUGGCAGAGCGCAGAUUCUUCUGCUAACUUUUGCAAAUAGCUUGUCAAUAUUCGUUAUGUACGGCUUGCUCGGUCUAGAAUAUAUGUAUGUGAGAGAGAAACUCCAUUGGGUUUUAAAAGACUACACGCUAUAUUCAGCCGUGAAUACAACAUUAUCGUUCCUAGGCAGUUUUGCUGGUAUUAUUAUUAUUCAGAAAUUAUUUGGCCUGAGCGAUUUAGUAGUUGCAAACAUAGCCUUUUUAUCAGCGCUAGCUGAGUUUAUUAUCAAAACUCUGGCGGUAUCCACAUGGUAUAUGUAUUUCGGUGUCAGUAUAUCUCUAUUCAAAGAUCUAUCAGCGCCAUUACUAAGAUCUGUAAUAACUAAAAUACUUCCAGUUGAAGAUAUUGCAAAAGUUUUCGCUUUAAUGGCAGCCAUAGAAGGCCUUUGUCCUUUAAUAUCGCCACUUCUGUACAACUGUCUAUAUGUAUAUACAUUAUCAACGCUGCCCGCUGCAAUAUACAUUUUAAGUAGUGGUAUUACUUUAACCUGCAUCAUUUUUGUGGGAAUUGUGCAAUAUUUACGCUGGAAUUGUAACCAAUAUGGACGCCUGGACAGCCCAUGAACCCUAAAAGUAUUUCCGAAAAUAAUAGAACAAAAUGACGAAAAGAUUUCUGAAAAUGUGCAUCCAAUAAGUGAUAUAAGUACUGGGACCUAAUUUUAAAUGCCUCUUAAAGAUCGACCGUCGUAGUUAUAAGAUUAUUAGAACGUAGAAUUCAUAGUAUUCGAUAAAAUAUACCUACAUAUACAUGCUGGGCAUUUGUGCGGGGGCACAUGGGGACACGCACGCAGUGCCUGUAAACGAUUUUUUUAAAAUAUCGAAAAAUUUACAUAAAAACCAAAUAAAUUUACAAUAAAAAAUAAAAGAAAAUUUAUUCAAUUUUGAUAAAUACGCCCCUCUAAAUCGGUGGGUUCCGCCUGACCCAAAGUAUUCACAAAGGCGGCUCGCUGAAAAAUUGCAUGGACGAUAGCCCGAGUGACCGUACUCAAGACGUGGCCGAUGCGCUGUUAUCGUUGCUUCGAGCACGGCCAUGUGCAAAACGCAUGUGACUGACCCAUGGACCUCAGCGAUCUCUGCUGUCACUGCGACUUACUGGACCACAAAGCCCGCCAGUGCACAGGUGCGGUCAACUGCGCCCUGUAUGCUGCAGUAAGCAAGCCCGCCGGGCACCAAAUUGGGGAGAAGGCUUGUCCAGUCUCCUCCCGUACGACUCGGCGACGCCCGCGCAGGAGAUCGGCUGUCUAUGAUGCUACGGCUCAGACUCUCAGACUGCCUCGGUGGCGUAGUUGCACUGCUUGCGCGAUACGGCAGCGCUCUGAGGUCCUGGGUUUGAAUACCGGGUCGGGCAAGGUCAUAUUCGGAAUCUUUUGCUUAGUGCCGGCCUAGAGUCUGGAAUUUGUGCCCAAUAUGGCGAUAGGCUCGCCCUCUAUCUUAUCAUGCGACGGAACACACUUGGCGGAAAGUGGGUGCCCUGGUUGCGCCUCUGCAUACCUCUUCGGGAAUAAAUGCGUGAUGUAUGUGUGUUUAAGUUUUUUCAGGCGAAGGUCAAUCAUUGCACCUGUGUCCAGGAUCUUAUCCCAAAUUUUGGCGCAGUGGUCGGUGCUAGUGGUUGUGGUCGCCGAGACCUUAUUCGUCCCGCUCCGUGAUAACUCGACCGGACUGGACAUCGGGGCCUUCACGGUUUGAUGGCCAUCAUCACCGAGGGUGCCGCUGGCUCUCCUUCCUUCAAAAGGCUAGUGAAGGGAUAGGGAUGCGUCGCGGCUCUAAUUUUUCUCUCACCAGACUCCUCGAAGAAUUUGAGUCCUUUCUCGUUCGGCUGGGGGCCGUGGUAGAGUAGGGCCAACCUCACCCGGCGAUUGUCGCUGGUGAUUUCAACGCCAAAUUCGAAGUCAGGGGUUAGCGGACAACCAAUAUUCUCGGUGAGAUCCUGGAGGACUGGGCAAUCUCUGUCAGCCUGGCCGUCCUGUACUGGGGGUCGGUGGACACAUGUGUGCGAUACAACGGUGGGUCAAUCAACUAUAUCAUCAACUAUAGAGUUGAUGUGUCAUUUGCGAAUUCCUUCACCGCACACCGCGUCCGGGGCUGGAUAGUCCUCGCGGACGUGGAGACGUUAUCGCACCAUCGUUAUAUUGGGUUCGACAUCUCCGCGUUCGCGAGUAACCAACUUGGUAGUGGACCAAGUGCCCUGAAUCUCGACGACCUGCGGUGAGUUUUUCGUCACCUCGACAAAGAAGCCCUAGUGCUAGCCGAGGCGCUCUGGUCAUAUCGUGGCUCCCCGUACCGGUCGGGCCGGUAUGGGUCGAGCCUGAGGGGGAAUAGUCCGGGAUGGCAAUGUUGGAUGUUUGCGACGCUGCACAUGCCCCAGGCCCACCGUUGUCCGCCGUGGCGGCAGGUGUACUGGUGGUCGGUAGAGGUAGCGUAGUUGCGCGCAUCUUGUGUUGCUGCGCGCCGUCGAUAUACCAGUCAUCGCCCUCAUUGGUUUCGUUGUGAAGAUCACGCAGACCAGGAGCAGCAGUAUUAUGGCGACUAUAAUGAGGCGAAGAGUGGCCGUCCACUGAGCCAAGAUUGCGGCACGGAAAGAGUUUCUAAAGACUUGACGGCGACCUGUGGCCGCGUCCCUAGUACUUGGUGAAUAAGUUUUGCUCAACGGCGCCCCUGCUGUCUAAGUGUCUCCGACCAGACCUCCUGGCCAACGUAAUCACGACCUUGUUCCCGGCCACCGUGGAAUACACUUCGACGCCGCGCCAGGCCGUGAGGCACGGUGACCCCAACAUAACCGUCCAGACCCCCUCCCCCCUCCUCGCGAAGGCUGAGCACUAGUGGUAAUGCUAGUGCAUUAGCAGGAGAUAGUUCUCUGGGAACUAAAAAAAUAAAAAAGUAUAUUCGCAACAAAAAAAUCUUUCUUAUAUUGUUACUCACGUUAAUAUGAUCACGUUGUAUUUCCAAAGAAAAAUUACCUUUUUGAAGCAUAAAAAAAUAAUUUUACUUCGAUUUUUUCUUCGAAACACAGUGGACAAGGGCGAGAAGGGGUACCAAAUUUUGGACUUAAAACUUUCGAGAAUUAGCGUGCCCCUAAAAAAUCGAGUAACAAAAAAGGUCUGCAUAAAUGUAUUUUAAAAUACUGUUUCAUGGAAUUAUUAUAUUAUGUCAAAGCAAUAAAUUAUAAUAGUGCAGGCUAUAUCAAGAUCAUUUUAAUGUUAUGGAGUUUAUUUCUUCUUUCAACCGAGUCGAUGAUAUUCCUUGGAAUUAAAAAUAUGAUAUAAGAUGACUAAUUUCAAAGUUUCCAUUACGCUGCAAAUUUGAUCCGUAUAAAUAGUAAACAAAGAAAUAUAUUUGCAGAGACAAUUAGUUUAGUCGGAUAUUGUGGAACAGGUGCUUAAGGCCGGAACGACAAUGGUUCUAUCGAAGCCUCUGUUUUGUAGAUCUGAGCCAAAGUCUUGAUAAUUAUGACUGAUAUUUUAUUUAUAAUUUCAUAUUAGGCCAUAAAAUACUAUGAGUGAUCUAAAAUAAACAGCGCCACCCUCCCCCGCCAGUGAGCACCGGGCCUAAAUUUUUAGUAACAAGUUUGCUGUUAGAUCUUUCAAUGUGAUAAUAAGGAACAAACAUUAGUUUAAGUUUAGUAGUUUAUAAGUUUAAUGUGAUUAGUAUGAGCAAGUCAUUGAAUCUACUCACAUUCCUAAACCAUAAAUCAAAUGUAUUACAUAUGCAACAUUUUUUUAUCUUUAUUUAAGUUGAUUAUAUCUUUAUUUCGUCAUAUUUUUACGACAAUGUCGCUUCGUACGGUCGCUUUUAUUAGUGUUUACUCUUCAUAUUGCAAAACUACAAAAUAUACGAGUACUAAGUAUUUAUAUUGCGUACAUCUAUGCCCAAAGUAUGUACCAUUCCACGCGAGUACAUUUAGUUAAAACUAUAAUGGUAAUGAAUUGUUGUAUACUUUAGUUACGUUUCUUAUAUUCCUUAUUCAUAAUUUUUCUAGAUAUACCCUUGUAAUUGCAAAGCUAAUUAAUAUUUUGAAAAUGUAUUGUGGCAUGUGUGCUUAGAUUUCGACAAAUUUUAUCGAAUGUCCUAUCGCUGAUCUUUAAUAUAUUUUCUUUUAAAAUUGUUUUACUUAAAAACAUUUCAUAUAUAGUCAAGGGGCCCUAUUCCGUUUACGGGAGCGAAUAUACUUCUCAAAGAUAGCAAUUUGUUUGUGCUUUGAUAGCCGAUAAGUGUUAACAAUGAAUAGGGUUUUUUUACUUACUUUUACCUACACUGCUACCGAACCUGUAGUUCGAAUUCGUCCCUCGACUACCUACAUAAAAUAUAAAUAACUUCCUAUAUAAAAAUAAUUUACCUAAUCUUUGAAGUGGAGAGGAAUACAAUUUGAAUAAAAUACGUUAAUUAUACGCCUUUUGUAUAUAGUCAGGUUAUAAUAUAUUUCUUGGAUGCCUUAUAUGACGAUUAAUAUUGCUUGAAUUAGAUUGAAAACUUGUAUGUAUUCUGUGCCCAAAUCACAAAAUUCUAUCCCCUUACUCAUAAACGUUAUUUAUACAAGGACGGAACAUUGCUGUGAUAACAAGUCUAUGAAUAAGGGGAUUAGUCUACGGGUUAUAUUAGUAAUCAUUUUUAAUGUGACGUUAAAUAGCUUUUAAUAAUUGUUCAUGUUGUGAUACAAAUGUAUCCAUUCAUUUCAAAUGUGUUCGUUACUAAAAUAAUCAAUACCUACUUACCUCAUUCAUUUUCGCCAGUGACCAAGUCCUUAUUAAUAUACAUAGAUGUUUUAAUUUGUAUGAAUAAAAUAUGUUUGUACAAU